GAAAAUCCGGAGGCCGACUUCUCCCUCAAUAUAAGAAGGAAAUGCUACCUACAACCGUUGAAACAUCUAUCAAAAGAAUUGUUUCCCAAAGCAUCGGCCAUGAGAUCCACAGAUCGUCCUACGCCCCAUUCAGCAAUUCAGAACCCCUCAUGGGCAAUGGAUUUCAUGCAUCCCUUUCUGCACCGUAUAACGUUGUUAUACAAGAUUGCCAAAUAUUUCUGGUUAUUCACAGAGAGUGAUUUUGCCACUUUUGUAAUUCCAAACACCGUUUUCGGGGUCUGCUCUGCAAUUGCGGGCUAUCCUGUGGUCUCGACGUCUACAACAAGUGGGGCGGUCUUAAGAAGAAUUCCUGCCGUCAUCUUUUUCAAUUGGUCAAAUCUCCUUGUUUUUGACUUGGCUAAUCAGCGCCUAUGGGAGGCCGUUGAAGAAGAUAAACUCAAUAAGCCAUGGAGGCCAAUUCCGAGCGGCAAAAUAAGUCGCUCCGAGGUCAGGCAGGCUAUGCAAAUGGUCAUCCCACUUGUACUCGCGCUAAACCAUUAUUUUCUAAAUGUUGGGGCUGAAACGGCAUGUAUAUUGACCCUCACCUGGGUAUACAACGACUUGAAAGCGAGCGAUGAUGGAUGGAUCCAACGGAACUUUAUUAUCGCUAUAUCUUUUGGUGUGUACAAUUGGAGUUCGCUAAAAGUCGCAAUUGGGGCGGGAGGGCUUUCAUCAACAGCGGAGAUUACCAGAGUCGGUCUCUACUGGAUCGCUUUGAUGAGUGGUGUCAUCCUCACCACAAUGCACAUACAAGAUCUGAAGGAUACCGUCGGAGACAAGGAGCGUGGUCGCCACACAUCACCGCUAGUCCUUGGGGAAAAAGUUGCUCGGUGGACGCUGGUCAUUCCUAUCACUUGCUGGGGACCCAUUUGCAUGCAUUACUGGAAACUUUCUUGGAUCAUGAACGUUCCGGUCACAGCGCUAGGACUUUAUGUGGCAUGGAGAUGCAUUUCGUACCGUGGGAACACGGAGGAUCGAAAGACAUGGCAAUUGUGGUGCGGAUGGACCGCACUGCUGUCGCUCAUGCCACUCCAGAUCUGAACUUCACUAGGGGCGGCCUUGCCGGAAGGAGCUUAUGGAGGAUUUGCACAAGCUAGAUAGUAAUCAAAUGUGAGCUAUUAUCGAUUACAUGCUCUCAUUAGUACGAGAACCGGAGGUAGUAGCUUUCUUGGACUUUACAUCCCUAGAUUCUCUCGUAGUUCGUUGUGGGGCACUGGGCCUGCACAGAAAGUCAUACGUUGAGCUUUUACAUGUACUAGCCUAUCCCCUGUCUGCACGGGUUAGCUACCAAACAUAUGAGUAAGCUUUGGGAAUGGAAAAUUUGCUCA